GGUCAGUCAGGUUCCUGGGCGCUCUGUUACACAAGCAAGAUACAGCCAGCCCCACCUAAUUUUGUUUCCCUGGCACCCUCCUGCUCAGUGCGACAUUGUCACACUUAACCCAUCUGUUUUCUCUAAUGCACGACAGAUUCCUUUCAGACAGGACAACUGUGAUAUUUCAGUUCCUGAUUGUAAAUACCUCCUAAGCCUGAAGCUUCUGUUACUAGCCAUUGUGAGCUUCAGUUUCUUCAUCUGCAAAAUGGGCAUAAUACAAUCUAUUCUUGCCACAUCAAGGGAUUGUUAUUCCUUUAAAAAAAAACCAAUACCAAAGAAGCCUACAAUGUUGGCCUUAGCCAAAAUUCUGUUGAUUUCAACGUUGUUUUACUCACUUCUAUCGGGGAGCCAUGGAAAAGAAAAUCAAGACAUAAACACAACACAGAACAUUGCAGAAGUUUUUAAAACAAUGGAAAAUAAACCUAUUUCUUUGGAAAGUGAAGUAAACUUAAACUCAGAUAAAGAAAAUAUAACCACCUCAAAUCUCAAGGCGAGUCAUUCCCCUCCUUUGAGUCUACCCAACAACAGCCAUGGAAUAACAGAUUUCUCCAGUAACUCGUCAGCAGAGCAUUCUUUGGGCAGUCUAAAACCCACAUCUACCAUUUCCACAAGCCCUCCCUUGAUCCAUAGCUUUGUUUCUAAAGUGCCUUGGAAUGCACCUAUAGCAGAUGAAGAUCCUUUGCCCAUCUCAGCACAUCCCAAUGCUACACCUGCUCUGUCUUCAGAAAACUUCACAUGGUCUUUGGUCAAUGACACCGUGAAAACUCCUGAUAACAGUUCCAUUACAGUUAGCAUCCUCUCUUCAGAACCAACUUCUCCAUCUGUGACCCCCUUGAUAGUGGAACCAAGUGGAUGGCUUACCACAAACAGUGAUAGCUUCACUGGGUUUACCCCUUAUCAAGAAAAAACAACUCUACAGCCUACCUUAAAAUUCACCAAUAAUUCAAAACUCUUUCCAAAUACGUCAGAUCCCCAGAAAGAAAAUAGAAAUACAGGAAUAGUAUUCGGGGCCAUUUUAGGUGCUAUUCUGGGUGUCUCAUUGCUUACUCUUGUGGGCUACUUGUUGUGUGGAAAAAGGAAAACGGAUUCAUUUUCCCAUCGGCGACUUUAUGACGACAGAAAUGAACCAGUUCUGCAAUUGGACAAUGCACCGGAACCUUAUGAUGUGAGUUUUGGGAAUUCUAGCUACUACAAUCCAACUUUGAAUGAUUCAGCCAUGCCAGAAAGUGAAGAAAAUGCACGUGAUGGCAUUCCUAUGGAUGACAUACCUCCACUUCAUACUCCUGUAUAGAACUAACAGCUCAAUCAUAAUGGAAUAGAUUCUGCAUCCCUAAAUGUAUGAACCAUAAGGUUAAAAAAGAUGAAUGGAAAUAUCAAACAACUUUUUACUGAGCAUCAGUUUCAUAAGCAAUAAUAUAAGAAGAUUAAUUUGGAUUCUAGUAUGUUUCAGUUUGUUUUUAAUUACCACCUUCCUUUGGUAGAAAAAAUAUGUUCCUUGAUGUAGGAAAGUCUAGGUUUUAGAGAUUAGAGGAUGAGAUCAAGAGUUAAAUUCCUAAAGAAGCACUGAAUGUAUGAAGAGAGCAAACAAAGCAAGUACCAACCUAGAGGCUUUAUUUUUGAAUUGAUUCAUGGUGUGUGUGUGUGUGUGUGUGUGUGUGUGU